UUUUAAUAAUAAUAAUAAAGAAUAAGGUUACAAACCACUUAUAAAAAAAUCACAAUACCAUUUAAAUAUAGACUAACAAAUCCAGCAGAUACGAGUCAUGUGUCUGGCAGAGCAGCUAUCCUGGUGCCUGCCUGGUCAAGAAAAGAUGAGGUACGACAAGGUUUCCCAAGGCGCCGGCAGAUCACUAGAGAAGUUACGUGGGGUCAAUUUCCAUGUUGGCCUCAGUUACCCACUGACAGUGGUCGGAGGUGGAGUGUUGCUGCCACUCCGCUGAGACGUGGCCAUUACUAAAUUUCCCUCGACAAGGAAUGGUGUUUUGACUACAUACAUAUUUCUUUAGGUGGUGAACUGAAGCAGCCGAAGCUGAGUGUGACCUCAUGCUGAGUGUGACCCCGGGUGACCUUUGACAUCAUGUUGAGGAUGACCCUCCGACCACGAAGACGGGCGUACUGGGCGGCGCUUUGCUGGUGGUGGCUGCCACCCUUGAUAGCUGGUCAGAUCGGGCUCUUGUCUCCUGGGAUAUCUGCCGUGGGCGGCCCUCGGGCGUCUUGGUGGUGGUCGGGCGGGGGUGUAGCCGCCCCUAGCCUCCUGACGCAGCUAGGGGAGAGACCACCAUUACCUCGACGAAGUCCCUCCACCAGGGAGAGCGAGAUCGCUGCUAUCUUCAGAGGUGUUGCCUACGGUGCCCCCACCAGCGCCCCCAACACCACCACUUCCCUGCCUCCCCCCACCACCACCGUGGACAUUAAGGAGGGGUCUGCGCCCCCUGAGACCAGCGUGAAGCUAGUGCAGUUGCAGCAGAACGCAGCGACGGCUGACAUUUCUUACAUCGUCCACAUCAUGAGUAACAUCACUGAUGCUGCAGACGUGACGUCAUCUCAUGAAGGUGAAGAUGCAUCUCCUGAGGAUGCAGACACAUCAUCACCCCAUCCCAGGGUGGUGGAGGUUCCGUCACCCCACUCUACUCCUGAGAACAUCCCCUCCCGCCCCCUGGGGGGCCAUGAGGGGGCGUUUUGGGGUGAUAUGUCAGGGGUGAGGUGGUGGCUAGGUGCCGCUUGGUGGAUCCACGUGUACGUAUCAGCAGGUCUGCUGGCUCUGCUUGCUGCUGCUGCUCUCUGCUGUAUGGCUCGCUCCACCCUCCUGCUCCCACGCCCACAUUACCUCACCGCCCACGCCCUGGUCUUCCUCGGCGCCGCCCUCAGGAGUCUCCAGCUCUUCCAUGAUCCUUACGGCGUGGAGCGGCGGCUACCGACGGCUGUGGCGUCAGCGGUGGAGGAAACUAGUUGGCCGUGCCUGACGGCGGCGCUAGCGGUGGUGGUGGUGGUCCUGGCGCGGUCAGUCCGCACGCCGGCACGCCCACACGCCACCCUGGUUCUCGCCCUCAUGACGGUGCUACACCUCCUGGUGUCUCUGACCGCCCACACUGCCGCCCACCUCCUCCUGCACUACGCUCUGCCACUGCGGGUGGUAGCACGGGCGGUUACCGCUACCUGGGGUGCAGGGGUGGGCGUGGGCGGUGUGUGGGCGGUGUGGCGAGUGAAGAAGUCAGUAUCUGGGAGGCGAGGUCAACUACUAAGCCAUGUAAGCCGAGGUGGGAGGUCAAGUGGUUUCCAGUGUGGCCUCCAGCGAGGUGCACACCUGGCACUAGUGGCCAGUGUGGCCCAGGUCAUGCUGGCCACGUUACACCUGUACGUGCUGGUGGCCCCACUGGCACCUGCUACCCACGUGUGGGCAUGGUGGGCAAGAGUGAGCCUAGCUAGGGGCCUGGAGCUUGUAGUAGGCCUUGCAGUGGUAGUCUCAGUGGGACUGGUGUCCCAGGGGCGUGCCCAUGCCCCCCGGGAUGCCCACAUCUUCUCCAUGUUAGGCAGCUGUGGACGUGAGGUGAAGGUGGGUCGUAGUGCCAACGUGUUUCCUGCCUGUGAGAAGCAACACAUCCUUGGCACCUUCAGGCCCCCCCACAACCCACCCAAUCAAGCCUACAAGCCGCCCAUGCUAGACUGGGCGUCGCCUGACGAGCCUGAAAAGUCUGACGUUCCCUCGGUUACAUCAGACUUUCAGUUAGUGUGGAACCGCGAACGGACGCGCUCCGCUACUGAGUUCAGGCCGCCGCGCGCUGCUACUGAGUUCCGGCCACCGCGUUCUGCUACUGAGUUCCGGCCACCGUCCAUGCUAGUAAACGAUAGCGGCUUCGUGAGGUUCCGUACGGGUGUUGACCCCCAGCAAGCCAUGGACGACGUCUUCAAGCAGUCGUCGCUCAACCUGCGCGACGCCUCGUACACCAAGACGCACGAGAAGAACGUGCGCAACAGCGCAGCGUCGUACAUCACAACGCACCAGAACUACAGCAGCCAGACGCUGCCGUCUACCAGAUACUACUGUGGUCCAGGACCUACUUUCUCCUCCCCAGAGAGAACCCCCAUUAGGAGACCUAUAAGAUCACACACCGCCCGUGGGCGGCGGGCGGCUCAGGAGCUGCACUCCGCCCACCACCAGACACUACCCAUUACCUCCGCCAGCAGAUACGACGUACACACUCUGGAAGACUAUGAAGUAGCAUCGUACUACCACCACCAAUCCGGCAGCGUCUCCGGCAGUAGCAACAUGUACUCCACGCCCAUGUCCCCGACGCAGUGUGGGCGGCAGCAGCAGCCUGUGGGCGUACAUCGUGGGCGUACGACGACGCAGCAAGACGCCCUCAGUGGUGUGCUUGAGCCCAGUACCUGCUCAUCACUGUCGGAGAUACACAUCGACUACCUCACUGAUGUCUCUUCUUCCAACGAUGGUGUCAAUCUAGGUUCCCUUCUCCAACAACGCCUCCACCCCCACCACCUCCUUACCCUUCCCCUAACUGCUGCCCACAACCCCCGCCCUGCCCACUGCCGCCCAGCCAAACCAGAUCUUCUUGAAGCUGGCCACCGGGAGGAAGUCAAGCCCAACUCCCCUGAGGGGAAAGAGGAUGUGUGCGAGGGUGAAGGGGUGCAAGUUGAGGGGAUGCAGGUAGGGGUGUGUGAGGGAAAGCCUCAGGGGGGAGGGGGUCGAGCUGGGCUCCUCAGUAAGCUAGCGGGGAGUGGUUUAAGUGCUACUUGCUAUGGCUACUCCCCACUGGAUCUAGAAGACACUUCGUCCCCGUCCCAAGAUGCUGCCCCUCCUCCAAGCACCUCCCCUCCAUCCUCACCCCCCUCCAGCCUCCACACCUCCAGGACUACCUCCACCCUACCUCGACCUCCAGAUAUAGUCACCUCACUUUGAAGAUUCUCAGCAUCUCUCAAGGAGUUCCCUUCCUCAGCCUCUUCAUCUCACUGUAUAUACAUCAUCUCUCCUCCAUAUUUCUUUCCCUCCUUCCGCCUUCCCUUCCUCCAUUACUCCUCCCUCCCUCCAUCAUCAUCAUCAUUUCCUCACCCCCAGCUUCCUCACCUCAAUGUAUAUAGAUCAUAUCACCUACAUCUUUUCUCCAUCAUCCCUCUCUCCAUCAGCCCUCCCUCCAUCAACCCUCCCUCCAUCAACCCUCUCUCCAUCACCCCUCCCUCUAUCACCCCUCCCUCCAUCACCCCUCCCUCAAGUAUAGAGGUAGGCUCUAGAAUUUAGAUAAAGGCCAAAUGUUUGUGACGGCCGGUGAAUUAUAACUUUCAAAAAGUAGGCUGUGACAGCCUGUAAUUUAGAAACUUCAAAAAGGAGGCUGUGACAGCCUGUAAUUUAGAAACUUCAAAAAUUAGGCUGUGGCAGCCUGUAAUUUAGAAACUUUGAAAAGUUAUAAAAAACUUGUGUAGGCCUAUGAUUAGAAAAUUGACAACGUGUGAAUCAGAAAUUUUAAAAGCCUCUACUCACCUACUUGUGUUUGCAGGGGUCGAGCCACCUGGCCUGCCGUAGCUACUCUUGAAGCCGUGUACGGAAUGUGCAGCUCUGUAAAAAAUAAAUUAAAAACUUACGACCAGAAAUUCGUGUAGGCUGCUUUUGGGAAUAGCUGAAUACCAGGUGAUCAACUCGGCUGUUGUGCAAGACAUCUUGCACCACCAGCCGUCAAGUGUAUGGUUUAAGUGACUGUGAUAAGUGCCCUCUAUUUUUAUAAGUGUACGUUAUACACGACUUAUACUGCAUGACAUUGUCUAGUCACAAUAAACCGAACAAUAAUAAAAACCUA